AUGCCACCCAAAAAAGGUGACCCAAAAUCAGCUGCCAAGAAAGGCAAGUCAGAGGAACCAAAGAAGGGAGGGAAGGAUGAUAAGAAAGGAGGAAAAGAUGACAAGAAAGGGGGGAAGAAGGUGGAGGAGCCCCCAGCUAAGGGGAAAGGAAAGGAUGAUGGAAAGAAGGGAAAAGGAAAGAAACCUGUCAGUGAGUCAGAGGAGGGGUCAGAGGAAGAAGAAGAGGAGAUGAAAACUGAGGAAGACGAAAGUGGUGACAGUGAGGAAGAAGUAGUGACCAAGAAACCAGACAAAGGGAAAGGGAAAGCAGCUCUUAAAGGUGCAUCCAAGGCCAUGGCUGUAAAGGGUUUUAAGCCCCCUUCUAAACAGCCUCCUCCAUCAGAUGAUGAGAGUGAUGAUGGAAAGCCACAAAUCAAAAAAGGAAUGGGUGCAGUAAACCUGAAAAAGAUGAGUGAUGUACACAUUAAAGGAGCCUCUAAGGCUAUGAUGGGAUUUGCUGCAGAGGGGCAGAAGAAGACCGUAGGAGCAGCAAAAGUACAGAAGACACCCGAUGUGAAAUCUCAUCUGAAAGGAGCUUCCAAAGCCAUAACAGGCCUUACAGGAAAGGCAUCCCCUUUCAGUUUUCCCUCUAAACAACAGCAGCCAGAGAAGGCAAAACCAAAGAGAAACCUUAAAAGCACGUCCCGUCUCUUCCUACGACUCUCCAAAAAAAAGAAACCAGCUGCUGGUAGUAAACCACUUCUAGGCACAAGCAAGCUUUUUGCUGGUUUUGGGGCAAAGUCUGCUGACAAGAAGCCAGGCUUGUCUGGCUUCAGCUUGCUUAAUAAAAAAGACAACAAUGCAAAAGAAACCACACCACCUAAAAAGACAAUAAAUCUAUCCAGUUUAGGGGGUAAAGGAAACAUGGCAACAGAGGCAAAGGGACUAGGAGGGAAGUUCAAAGGCAUGUUUGGCAAAAAGAAAACCACACCAGGCUUUAAGUCUAAAAGUUGGAUGUUAGGGAGGAUAGCUGCAGCAACAAACUGGUUGACAGGGAGGUUCCUGACUUCAAAGGGCCAUGGUCGAUUUGGUGCGAGGGCUGGCGGACGAGGCCGAAAGCGCUUGUCAUUUGCUAACAGGGACACUAGAGGGAGACAGACACAUUAUUACAAUGGAGAAUAUGAGUACGAUGAUAAUGAGUAUGGAUAUGAGGAUGAUUACCACGACAGGUGGAGGCCUAGAGGCUUUGGAGGACAACCGAUUGCCUAUGACCCAUAUGACCCUUUUGGAGAGGAAAUGGAUUACUAUGAUGAUGAGGAGUGGGAAGAUGAAUAUGGUUACUAUGAUGAGGAAGGCAACUUUUAUUAUGAUGACGAGCUUUACUAUGAUGAUGAAAUGGAUUACUAUGAUUACCCUUAUGGCUACUAUGAAGAUGAGUAUGACGAUUACUAUGAUGAUGAAGGGGUGGAGUACUACUAUGGUGAGGAUGGAAUGCUAUAUGCAAUAGAGUCAGAACCAUAUGGCUAUUAUGGUGAUGCCAUGAAUGGUUUCUCUGACCCAUAUGACCCUUGGCCAUAUGAAGAAUACUUUGACCACAAUGUGGGAUCUGCCUUUGCCUUUGACUCUUAUGGACUGAUGAAUGGUGGAAAUGGUUUUGUUUCCAGUCUAUAUAAUGACCCAACGCUGGGAUAUCCACAGCCUGCUCCUGCUUAUAAUCAUUAUCAGCAACCUUUCCAUAUGGAUUCUGGGCUGAUUCCAGUUGAGAUGGGGCAGCUAUAUGGACAAGAACAGCUGUCUUAUCCUCUACCUGAGCCAGUUCCUACAGAGCAGUUCAGGUUUCCCAGGCCCCAGGUUAGGUUAUUUGGAAAAGACAGACUAGAGGUGGAAACAUUGCCACCACCUCUUCUUCAUUCUCGUCCCGCAUCCCCUAUGGUUCCUCCUCCCUCCCCAGUUCUGGCCCUCAACAAUCAGGAGAUGAUGCCAGAUAUACAAUAUGAGCAACCCAUCCACACAUAUCAUCCUACACAGCCAAAUUACCCUACUGUCAUGAACCAACAACACACUUCCAUUCUUGCUGGACACGGCCCCUUUCUAACAGCCGCAAGCAUUCAACAAGAACACGUUCCUUUCCCUCAGCACACUUACCCUCCUUUCCCUGUUUCUCCUAGUCAUCUGACCCCAUCUCCCCUGCCACCUCAGUUCUCCUCACAAGUCUAUCAAGAUCCCCUUACACAAGACCCACAGACAUUCCAGAUGGUCCAAAUGACACCACUGGGCCCACCAGUGCAGCCAGUGAUGCAUUCACAGCUACAUUCACCUGUUGCCUCACCUAGGCCAGUGCGCCGAAUGAGUCCCCUUCCAUCCCCACAGCUAUCACUGAGGCUGGGAUCAACUAGGGCAAUGGUGCCUCCUUCAUCUCGCCUUUCACCACAUCACAUGGACUUCCAAACAGGCAUCCAGUCUGACCUACACCUCUCUCCUCACUCACAUAGGCGGGUGCUCAGUCAGCGGGUCGCAAUGCCAGGUCAAAGGCCAACAUCCCCAGUUAGCAGGCGCAGACCACACAGCCCACCACCUUCUUCGCCACUACAACAUAGGAGAGGUAUGUCAGUGAGAACUCAGCCUUCAAUGGCAAAAGAGAGGGGAGAUAUUCGGUUGCGUCGAGCUCCUUCGUCUGUCCGACCCCAAUCCCCAAUUUCCAGCCCGCUAGCUUCUCCCCGGGGAUCGCUAAGGAAGAGAGCGAGCCCACCACCUUCCCCAAGACUUUCCUUUAGACAGCAGCCUCCACCAGAUGCAGUCCAUUUGCCUUCUACCAGACCGCAAUUGUUCAGAGGAAGAAAGCAGACAUCUAAGAUGAGGCGUUCCCCAUCUCCACCCCAGCCACAUACACAAAGAAGGAGCCCGACUCAUCCUGAAAGAGCUGAGUCGCCUCCACGAUCCUUCCGCCCCACCUCUCCCCAUCGCCCUCCUUCUCCAUCGCCGUCGCGUGUCACCAGUAGACCCCUCCCCACCCGCUCCUCUACUCGCAGAAUGAGAGGUGGUGCAGGGGUUCGAAGUCAUGUGCCCAUGGGGGCUGUGAAACCGUCUCCAGCCAACCCCUACUUACAGAGACACAGUCGACACGGGCCCCCUGUCACUCAGCAUGUUGCCCCGUUUAGGUCCUCCAUCCAUAGUGGUCCCGCCCCUCUUUCAGGUCAGAUAGAUGAUAUAGCUGGAACACCCAUGUUAGCCAGGGCAGGCUCCCGGCCUACAGGGUUAAGGGAGUCCAAGCGAAUUGGUACCCCCCAACGAGGAUUCCACAGACCUGUAGGUAGAGGGCAGCCAUUAGUCCGAAUGCCCAGAAACCAGCCCUCUCUUCAGUCUAGGCAGUCAUUCAGAGCACCUCCUCCAGGUCCCCCUGCCCCUCCACAGCAAUCAUUGAAACAGAGUGGCCCUCUUUCUUCCCAGCCAUCAGUGCGCCGGCUUCAGAGUAGACCUCCAUCUCCACAGCCCUUGCAGCAACAAUCUCCGAUGCUGUCCCGUUCUGCGACUCCCAUGCACCAUUUGUCUCAUCCACCCUCCCCUUUGCCUCACAGGGCAAUGAGUCCCCAUGGUUUCGGACCAGCAUCUUUUCAGCCUCCUGUUCCUAAUGCUAAUAUUUCUCUUGGUACUCUUCCACCAUCACAGAAUAUCACUCAGUAUGACUAUACAUUGAUGGAGCCAGACCCAUCUCCAAUGCUUACAAAUGCUUUACCACACCGUCAAAUUGUAGGCUCACCCUUUCCUACUUCUCCUCUCCCUUACUCCACUAUAGCUCGCACUUCACCUUUACAAAGGCCCAGCUCCCCACAAACACAGCAUGAGAUUUACCCCCAGAGCCUCCCUCAACUUACACCCUCAUCACCUAAUCUUGGACGCACACUCCAGAACCCUUACCUGCACAAUGUCAGCAACACCACAGCUUUUCAGAGGAGCCCAUCACCUGUCAUGCCUGGUGGACAGGAGGAGAUAUCAGCUAAUGUACAGGAGAGCCAGAUGAUGCCCCAAUAUCCCACUGCUGGUCUAUCCAAUGCUUUAAUGCAGAACUCACGCUUACGGAGUGCCUCCUACUCAUUUCCUCUGCAACGCAAUGCCAACCUCUAUACAACAGUUCUCACGCCACCUGAAGCAGCAGUCCCUCUUGCCCCUUCUCUCCCUUCCUCCCCACAGUUGUCCCCUGCUAUGCUGACCUCUCAGCUACGUAAUGCUUCUUUUGCUUCACCAUUUCAGCGGCAACCCUCCCCCACAUUGUCAGGCUCACCUGCUCCUCCACCUUCCCCACAACAACAAGGAGGUGUCAGAGGUACCUCCCCACUUCUCUCAGGUGGAUUGCGAACUUCACACAUCCAGGGAUCCAUGUUCAAGCUUCCAGGUGGCACUUUGACAAUGUCCCGGGGCCCCGUUGAGACUCCAGUUAACACCGAUAGUGUAGGUGGUGUUAGCAGUGGGAUGCUCUCUAAUGCCUUGCAAAACCAAAGCCUACGUCGGGCGACCUAUAGACUACCUGAUGGCUCUUUUGUCACAAGAAGUGAACCUGCUGAACAUGUCUCAGGUCCAUCUCCACUGUCUUCCCCUAUGCUUUCCUCUGCUUUGCUCAAUCCCAAUUUACGACAAGCCACAUAUCGUUUACCUGAUGGUACGCUUGUUACCAGGACAGAGCCCACAUCUGCACCCUCCCUUUCCUCUUCUACACUCUCCUCUGCUCUUCUCAAUGCUAAUGUUCGUAACGCCUCUUAUCGAUUACCAGACGGUUCAUUUCUCACACGUCCAGGAGAGCAGACGCAGAGUGCCGAGAGCUCAGUAGCCUCCCCUGGGCUAUCUAGCGCCCUGAUGAAUGCUAACUUGCGUAAGGCAAAGUUUCAGCUCCCAGAAGGAUCUUCGUUGUUCUCACGGAACCAAGCUCAACCUUCUUCAUCUGCUUCUUCCAACCCUGUCCUUUCUGGUGCAUUGUUAAAAACCAACAUCCGUGGUGCCUCUUAUAGGCUUCCAAACACAUCAUUAUUUAAGCAGCCUGGAUCUACUGAUGCCUCUCAACCACGCUCACUUGACCUUUCCAACGCUCUUCGCAACCAGAACCUCCGAUCUGCCACUUACCGUUUGCCAGACGGAACUCUUAUGACCCGCCCUCAGCCGGCUUCGGCACCCAAAGCGCUUGACCUGUCUAAUGCUUUAUCAAAAAACCCAAACCUUCGUGGGGCGAAAUACCGUCUCCCUGAUGGCAAUAUCAUGACACGACUCGGUGCCCCCAAAACGCCAGAACCUCGAUCACUCAACCUAUCUGGUGCUUUGCAGAACCCUCACCUUCGGGGGGCCUCCUUUCGCCUACCCUCCUCAUAUGCAGUAGUAUCACCCCAGGUCCAAGGAUCUGGCCCUAGACAGCACUGGGCACAGAACACUGGAGUUGAAGCCCAACAAGAUGAAGAUGUGUGGGGGGCAGAGAGGGUUUUACCUCAUGGGACAGUGCAAAACCUAAAUAAGUGGUCCAUGUAUGGUGAUGGGGAGCUGCUGGACCCCCGCAGCUUGAUGGGACAGGAAGGCUUGGGGAAUGAGCAAGGAGAAUGGAAUCUCAGCAGGGAGGGGGAACCACAUGGGCAGUGGUUUGACAAGAUGUAUGCAAUCAGAAGCCUGCCCACCAUGGUUCAGCGGGAGCAAAGAGAGGAAAAUGGUGUCGAAGAUAUGACACAGCUAGAUGACAUGCAUGAAGGGGCUGUUCUGCUGAACAUAAGGAAAAGGUUUGAGAGAGAGCUUAUUUAUACAUACAUAGGCAGCAUUCUGGUGUCUGUGAACCCCUAUAAGAUGCAAAACAUCUAUGGCACAGACAUGGUGCUCAUGUACAAGGGCUGUGCCUUGGGAGAGAACCCUCCGCAUUUGUUUGCCAUAGCAAACGCUGCUCAUUCCCAAAUGAUGGAUGCCAAAAAAAACCAGGUCAUAAUAAUCAGUGGGGAGAGUGGGUCUGGAAAAACUGAGUCCACCAAACUCAUCCUUCGCUACCUAGCAGCUGUACUUCACAAAACUAAUCUUGCGCAACAGAUUGAGAUACUUGAGGCAGCUCCUCUUCUGGAAUCUUUUGGAAAUGCCAAAACCGUGCGGAACGAUAAUUCCAGUCGCUUUGGGAAAUACAUUGAGGUCUUUAUGGAGAAUGGUAUGAUCAGUGGUGCCAUAACCUCUCAGUAUCUGCUGGAAAAAUCCCGCAUCGUCUUUCAGGCCAAAAAUGAGAGGAACUAUCACAUCUUCUACGAGAUGCUGGCAGGUCUUCCUUCGCAGCAGAAGCAGGCCUUCUAUCUACAAGAAGCUGAAACCUACUAUUACCUCAACCAGGGAGGGGAUUGUGGGAUAAAAGGGAAGAACGAUGCAGAAGACUUCCUACGUCUGCUUUCUGCCAUGGAAAUCCUUCACUUCACUGCGGAUGACCAGUCGUCCAUCUUUAGAGUCCUGUCUUCCAUACUGCACCUGGGCAAUGUUUACUUUCAGAGGCAUGAGGUUGAUGGCCAGGAGGUGGCGUCAGUGGUUAGCACUCAGGAGAUCAGAGUAGUUGCAGAGCUGCUGCAGAUCUCACCAGAAGGACUACAGAAAGCCGUCACCUACAAAGUCACAGAAACGAUGAGGGACAAGAUCUACACCCCUCUGAGUGUAGAAAGUGCUAUUGAUGCCAGAGAUGCUGUUGCCAAGAUCCUGUAUUCGCUGCUCUUCCGCUGGUUAACAGAAAGGAUCAAUGGUCAGGUGUACCCUCGCCAACACACCCUCUCCAUCUCCAUCCUCGACAUUUACGGAUUUGAGGAUCUGGUCCUCAACAGCUUCGAGCAGAUUUGCAUUAAUUAUGCAAACGAGUACCUGCAAUUCUUCUUUAACAGGAUCGUAUUCAGAGAGGAACAGGAGGAGUACAGCAGGGAGCAGAUCCCAUGGCAGGACAUCCCAUUCAACGACAACCAGCCCUGCAUCGACCUCAUUGCCGCUAAGCCUCAUGGGAUACUGAGGAUUCUGGAUGACCAGAGUGGUUUCCCGCAGGCAACAGACAACACUUUUCUUCAAAAGUGUCACUAUCACCAUGGCAGUAAUCCACUGUACAUGAAGCCAAAGAUGCCGGUCCCAGAGUUCACAAUUAAGCAUUUUGCCGGGCGGGUCACUUACCAGGUUUACAAGUUCCUGGAUAAGAACUACGAUCAGGUGCGUCAGGAUGUCCUGGACCUGUUCAUUCAGAGCAAGAACAAGAUGGUAUCGAACCUCUUCCUGGUUCAUGCAGAGGCCACGGGUCAGCAGAGAGGUCACAUAAGGAAGAGCAGCACAGUCACCAGAAAAUACCAAGCUCCCACCGUCAGCAGCAAGUUUCAACAGUCCCUGCUGGAGCUGGUGGAGAAGAUGGAGAGGUGCAAUCCUUAUUUUGUUCGCUGCAUUAAGCCAAAUAACAUGAAGCAACCAGGUGUGUUUGAGGACGAACUGGUAAACAGCCAGCUGCUGCACUCUGGUGUCAUGGAGACCAUUAGGAUCCGCAAAGAGGGAUAUCCAAUCAGAAUGCCAUUCUAUGUCUUCCUGUUCAGGUACAAGUCCCUGGCGGGGAUACAGACACUUCCUGUGGCAAAUGGAGAGAACUGUGUGAUGUUGCUCGGUAAACUGUGUCCUCUCCGACCAGGAGCCUACCAUGUUGGAGUCACAAAGUUGUUCCUAAAGGAGGACAUCUACCAGCUGCUGGAGUGUAAGCGAGAGCGCUCUCGGCAUCUUGCCGCCCUCACCCUGCAGCGUUACACUCGCAUGUUCUUCGUCAGGAAACGCUACGUUGACUUCCGCAACAAAAUCAGCAGGUUUCAGGCACACUGCCUAGGCUUCCUCGUUAGGAAACGCUAUGUGAAAAUGAGGGAAAGUCUGGUCCGUUUCCGCUCUCUGGUCCACAUGUAUGUUAACCGGAAGCAGUACAUUAAGAUAAAUUAAAAGUGGUGUUUCUUUCAGGAGCUGACCAAAAGGGAGGUGGUUAAUGUGACCCACUUGGUGAUCCCUGCAGAGCUGGGCGCUUUGCUGCAGACAGCAGGAGGUGUGGAGUUGCACUCAGACUGCUUGGCUCUGCUUCAGGCUCCUCACAUCCAGGAUGAUGCUGAACUCACGUUGCCUCUGGACAUCAACAACUACCCUUUCUUCCGCUAUGUUCAGAUUUACUUCAGGGAACCGAAGUUUGGGAUGUUGAUGGCUCCUCUGGAGUCACCUCUGACCCGUGUGGAGGACGACCUGAGAGGGGAGGCUCUGGAGCUUUUCAACAUGGUGUUACGGUUUAUGGGGGACCCUCAUCUGAAUGGGGCGCAGGAAAACAUGUUUGGGAAUUACAUCGUCCAGAGAGGCUUGUCGUCUCCAGGGUUACGAGAUGAGAUCCUGGCUCAGGUUGUCAACCAGGUGUGGAGGAACAUAAACUCUGAGAAUGCAGAGAGAGGCUGGCUGCUGUUGCUGGCAUGUGUCUGCUGCUUCGCCCCGUCGGCCAAGAUGGACAAAUAUCUGCUCAAGUUCGUGUCGGACCACGCUCCUGCUGGCUGUCAGGUGCUGCUGCAGCACAGACUCAUCCAAGCGAAUCAGAAGAUGCAGCUGGGAUCGGGCUCCGACCCCGAGACUGCGCGGACGUAUCCGCUGUCACUGCUGGAGUGGACCGCCAAUAGGAAGAAGGCUAACAUGGUGUUGCACGUGCACUGUCUAGAUGGAGGGUCCUUCCUGUGUCCUGUCCAUUCCUGGACCAGCGGAGAGGAUUUAGCGGGAAACAUUCUGCGUCACAGGGGAGUGUCUGACUGGUGGAGGGGGAGUUCAAUUCUGAUGAAGGAGCAGGGCCAGUGGGUGGAGUUAGCUGGUCAUGACUAUGUCAUGGACCUGAUUGCAGAUAUGGAGCUUCCUAUGGAUUUCCCAAAGCAGAAGAGUUACUUCAUCAUCAGCACUGACAACCCAGCUAAAGUCAGAGCUAAUGCCAGCCUUGCUUUGUUUGGCAGUGGCUUUGACUCAGACGAGGAGCUUCCUUCCUCCCUUCCUCUCAGCAGCAGCAGACCAGCCUACAGCCUGCCUGAUUCAGAUGGUUACUACAGCCACGAGUCGGAAACAUUGAGCGAGGGUCAGCCUCAGAGAGGGAUGGACCGCUACCUGGACAGCCUGUUUGACCCUGUGCUGUCAGACAGCAGCACGGACAUGGAGAAGAGUGGAAGUUUGUCAGAAAGGAUGAAGGGAGGAGGAGGUAUAGGCAUCACAGGAGAAGGAAGGGAAGAGGGAGAGAGUCGUCCAGCUUCCAGCCGGCCUUAUCCACCAGGAAUACAUCCUGGAGGAUCGGAGCAAGCGGUACUGACUCAGCAGCAACAAGCCAUCAUCAACCAGCAAGCCAUCAUUCUGGCCCAGCAGAUGACCAUGCAGGCCAUAGCAAUCCAGCAGCAAAUGUUGUCUUCUUUCCCCCCAGCCGCUCCAGCCCCCCAGUCUCCACCCUCAUACUAUCACGCGCACUCACAACAGCGCUCACGCACACCCAGUCCUACCAAAGAGAGUGAGGAGUCUCCGCACAAGCCGAGCGCUGCCGCUGUUCAACGGAAAACGAGUCCAUCACGUGGCCCCCCUCCCGAGGAUGUGGUCCGCUCCACUGUGAGUAACACUGAGCACUUGGACCCUAGCCAUGACAUCAAAGACAUCGUCAAACAGCACCAGCCUGCAGGCACAGCAUCUUCCUCUGGAUCUCCCACGCAAAGGAGAAGUGAUGGAAAGUUGUUUGGAAAGAAGCCAGACCCUCAUGAUGAAGCAAUGGAGAUCCUUAAAGAUCAAAUGGCAAACCCACCACAACCGACUCAUAGAAAGGCUUCGUUCGCCCAAUCUAAAGAAGACAGAGGACACAAGACUAGCCAGAAAGCCAAGCCUCGCCCCCAGGGGCCAUCUAGCUCCAACAUAAACCCCGCCCCUCCUCCAGUCUCCAGAGAGUUGCCAGUUGAGGAGGAGAUCAUUCAGACUCAGCUCCACAGCAGAACCAGUGAUGAAUAUUACACUUACUCCAAUGUCCCGUGGAAACUCUACAUGAGGAAAGAGGUUUUUUAUCCUAAAGAGAACUUGAACAAUCCACUGAUCCUGGAUCUGAUCUUCAGACAGGUUGUACAUGACACCUUUUCUGAGGCUUGCAUACGUAUCACGCAGGAGGAGAGACAGAAGAUGAAAGACCUGUUGGCGGAGAACAAGGUGGAUCAGGUUUCAGGAACAUACAAUGAGAACGUGAAGAAGAAGGUGGCCACCAUGGCUAGAGACGAAUGGGAGAUCUACUUCUCUCGCCUCUUUCCAGCCUCUGGCAGUGUGGGGACAGGAGUGCAGGUGUUGUCCGUGUCUCAUAAAGGCAUCAAGCUGCUGAAGAUGGUGAAGAGCAGCUCUUCUGCUUCAGACUACUUCAGAGUGCUGAGGCCUUACAGCUAUUCAGACAUCCUGUUUGUGUCUAUUCCAUCUAAGAACAUGCUUGAGUUCAACCUGACUAAUGAGAAGCUGAUCUUGUUCUCAGCGAAAGCCCCGCACGUCAAGCAUAUGAUCGACUACUUCCUCACAGAGCUUAAGAAGGACUCAGAGUAUGUGGUGGCAGUGAGGAACUACAUCACUGAGGACAGAACUCAGCUCAACUUCCACAAAGGCGACAUCAUCAGACUCCAGCACAUGGAUGGACUGGAGGCUGGUAAACGUUAUGGCUGCAUUGUGAGGAAGAAGGUCAUGCUCCUGGAGGAGCUAAAGAGAAACACCGCUGAGUUUGGCUGGCGGUUCGGCGCCGUGUAUGGAAAGUCUGGAGUGUUCCCCAGCGAGUACAUCCGUCCUGUGGCUGCUCCGGACUUCUUGGUUCUGCCUCCUGAACGCGUGGAGCCCCGAGACCGGCAGGGACGAGUCGCCGCCUCUGCAGCUGUUGCCGUUGCGAUGGGCUCAGCCGUAGCUGCUCAUGAGCUCGAUCUCUCCACCGAGGUAGUGAAUGAGAUGUAUGGAGACAGCCUGGGUGUCGAAGUGGACGACCUGCCUCUGCACAGCAGCCAGUACCACAUGGUUGAGUUUGCCAAGAAGUACUUCAGAGAAGCACAGAGGAACAGGAGUGAUCAGAAAGCGAAAAAGGGGAAGGAGCCCAGGGACCCUGCUGACAUGGUCAAAUUCUCCAAGUCUCCAAUCCAGGAGUCACUGAUUGACUUCUCAGACAGUGGGAUGAACCGAGUGGCUGCUGACAUCUUCUUAGCUAUAAUGAAGUUUAUGGGAGACUUCCCAAUGAAAGGCCAGACCGAGCAGGACCUGGUCACCACUAUAUUAAAGUUAAGUGGUGACCAUGGCCUGAUGAAGGAUGAAGCCUACUGCCAAGUGAUGAAACAAGUUACUGUCAACACCAGCUCCAAACCGGACAGCUGUCAGAGAGGAUGGCGGCUGAUGUAUAUUCUCACAGCUUUCCAUCGCUGCUCUGAUGUUAUGAAGCCGUUUCUGUUGAUGUUUCUCCAGGAUGCAUGUGCCAGCCCUGGUUUGCAAUACCAAGGUAUUGCCAAGGCAUGCGAGCAGAAUCUGAGGAGGACUUUUCAGUAUGGUGGGCGUGUGCAGUAUCCCAACAGCAUGGAACUCAAAGCAAUGAUGGCCGGGCGUAGCUCCAAGAGACAGCUGUUCCUGCUCCCAGGUGGCAUCGAAAGGCACUUAAAAAUCAAGACAUGCUCUGUUGCUUUGGAUGUGAUCGAGGAGCUUUGCUUUGAGAUGGGACUCCAAAGAAUGGAGGCACUGGAUGAAUAUGCCGUCUUUCUGGUCACACACAAGGGUCAGAAUGUACGUCCCCUGAACAAGCGAGAGUACAUCCUGGACAUCGCUACAGAGGCAGAGCCUGUGGAUGCCAACUACAGUCUUUGGUUCAGAAGGGUUAUAUGGAGUCUAGCUCUCAAACUUGACAAUGAACUCUAUGUCACCAUGCACUAUAACCAGGUGUUGCCAGACUACGUGAAGGCCCUGCUGAGUGUGGUUCCUCAGGGUAAGCCCAGUGAACAGCAUCUGCAGCAGAUUACCAGGCUGGCUGCCCUACAGCAUCGUGCCAAAGACACCAUCUACCUCCCCACGCUCCGUGAGGUGCAGGAGUGUAUCCCUCCGCAGUUCUACAGCAAACAGGGUUCACAGCAGUGGCUGAACAUGACAACACAACACAUGCAGCAGGUCCAGCCCUUAAACCCACACCAGGCCCGUGCGCAGUUCCUUGGUCUGGUCAGUGCCUUCCCCAUGUUUGGCUCCUCCUUCUUCUACAUCCAGAGUUCUGGCUCUUCCUCCGUCUACGCCCCAUGCAUCCUGGCUGUUAAUCUGAACGGGCUUCAUUUUCUUAACAAGGAUACACAUGAGACUAUGGUGCGUUUCCCUCUGAAGGAGAUCCAAUCAACUCGCACUCAGAGGCCAACAUCUGGCUCCAGUUACCCAUAUGUGGAGAUCAUGAUAGGAGACCUGCUUAACCAGCGUGUCACACAGCUGCAGCUGGAGCAGGGACUGGAGCUGUGCCGAGUCAUCGCCAUGCACGUGGAGAACAUGCUGUCAGUCAGAGAGAAGAGACUCACAUUGCCACCAAGUGAAAUCACCCUGCUAUAACACAAAGAUGAAGAUGACAUAUACAUAGAAAUCACAGUUUAUGCCUUAAAAUGUACUCUACCUCUAUUCGUAAGACAGGCUAUUUUUGUAUGUAAAGGCACUGUUAUGUAAGUUGAUAACUUGUUUAUUGUGAUGAUUUUGAAAAAGUGCUUUUCCAUUAUGGCCAUGACAAUUUUAUUUUUUCUUAAUUGAUCGGCUGUUUUCUUAAUGAAUGAUUUGGCACAUAAAAUGUCAUUCAUGUCAGUCACAUUCCGGUUUUAGGAGAAACUUGAAUGAAUGCCUCAAUCUUUAAUGUUUAUAGUUUUACAUAAUCAUCCAGAAAUGUUUAAGAUCUUGUCCAAUAUAACUGUAAGGGUUAAGGUCUCCUUGUUUCCAUGCCCCCUCUUUAGAAAAAUAGCAUGAUUUGCUUUGUUCUUGGGACAACAUUAAUUUAGUGUAGCUGUGGUCUUCCACAUGAACAAAAUCAGGAUGCCAGUUUAUUGCUGUAUAACAAACAAACCCGUAUAACCUCAUCUUGAUUUUGACAUUAAUGGAAACUUUUGGUUUGAUAGGAUAAAUAACUUUUUCUGACACAUUUCUUAUUCUCUGCUUUGCCAAGGGGCAAAGUCUUUUUGGCACAUAAGCUUUGAGGCCACAUUGCUAACAGUUUGCACUAACUUAAAUAUUUUAUUUUUACAAUUAAUUUUUUUGCAAAUAGCAGUUUUACAUAACUAUUGCAUGUGAAUAAUAAAUUAAA